CACUUAGGAUAGUGUUGUGUCCACCCGAGGACGGUUUCUGUCUCUCUCUCAAAUGGCGUCCGCAGCGAUCCUCUCGUCUUCUUCCCCGCUCUCCCUGGGGAGCAGAGCUCGAGGCCCCCGCGCUUCCCUCACCUCCCUCGCGGGCUCUGGGAGGAACGGCGCUCCUCCCUCCGUGAGCUUCGCGAGGGCCGCGGCUCGCUCGCCCCUGCUCCACUGCUCGUUCUUGUCCUCCUCGUCUUCUCUCUCUUCCCCGAACUCCUUUUCAGGUUUGUCAUUGACGUUGAACUUCAACUUUCAACUUGGAACCACUACGGAGAAACGCCGUGGCCUGGUGGUGAGAGCUGGGAAGGCUGCGCUUGGCCAAACAAAAAGGAACAGGUCAAGGAAAUCUCUGGCUCGGACCCAUGGCUUUCGCAGAAGGAUGAGAACUACGAGUGGAAGAGCAAUUUUGAAGCGCAGACGUGCCAAGGGACGAUGGGUCCUUUGCACCAAGUCGAAUGCAAAUAGUGGCAAACGUUCUUGAUUGUUGUUUGAUCAUUUACAAGAGGUAAAUGCACUAUGGACCAUUGUUUGGCAGAUGAUACUUUUGGACAUUUUUGGAAUCCAUUAUGAUUAUUGAUUGUAGGUUUCGUUCAUUGAAAUCCACUAAUUUAAUUAAGUAGAUCUGCAUUAAAGCAGUCCACUUCACAUAGUGGAAGUGGCCUCAUUAAACAGCUCUGUUGAAAGUUGACUUUAUUAAAGACUAGUGGUCAAAUAAUCUAAUUAUUCCAUAAUCA